AGAUGCUAAAGGAGGGCUGUCACGUCCCAGGAGGUACCUCGGUGACUUUGUCGAUUGUGAGCUGCCUCACCAUGGACCUGUGCAAACUAGCUUUGCUCCUGGGAGCCCUAACCUGCACUGCAUCCAAGGCUCCCACCCUCAUCCCACAUCUGACCUGUUUCAUCGGUGAAGCAUCCAAGCCUCCCACCCUCAUCCCACAUUUGACCUGUUUCACUGGUAGAGGUGAAGCAUACCGAGGCACCACUGCUGUAACUGAAUCUGGCAAAACAUGCCAGAGCUGGUCAGCUCAGAUGCCACAUCAACACAGCCGCACACCACACAACUAUCCCGGAAAAGGCCUGGUUAACAACUACUGUCGUAACCCUGACAAUGAGAGGAGACCCUGGUGUUACACUACUGACUCUGAAAGCCGCUGGGAGUACUGCAGUGUGCCACGCUGUGAGGAUGCAGCCAGACCAGCAUCCAAGCCUCCCACCCUCAUCCCACAUCUGACCUGUUUCACUGGUAGAGGUGAAGCAUACCGAGGCACCACUGCUGUAACUGAAUCUGGCAAAACAUGCCAGAGCUGGUCAGCUCAGAUGCCACAUCAACACGACCGCACGCCAGACAACAAUCCCGGAAAAGGCCUGGAUAACAAUUACUGUCGUAACCCCGACAAUGAGAGGAGACCCUGGUGUUACACUACUGACUCUGAAAGCCGCUGGGAGUACUGCAGUGUGCCACGCUGUGAGGAUGCAGCCAGACCAGCAUCCAAGCCUCCCACCCUCAUCCCACAUCUGACCUGUUUCACUGGUAGAGGUGAAGCAUACCGAGGCACCACUGCUGUAACUGAAUCUGGCAAAACAUGCCAGGGCUGGUCAGCUCAGAUGCCACAUCAACAUGACCGCACGCCAGACAACAAUCCCGGAAAAGGCCUGGUUAACAACGACGAUGAGGCAAGUCCCUGGUGUUACACUACUGACCCUGACAGCCGCUGGGAGUACUGUGAUGUGCCGAGCUGUGAGGAUGGAGUCGGACCAGCAUCCAAGCCUCCCACCCUCAUCCCACAUCUGACCUGUUUCACCGGUAAAGGUGAAGCAUUCCGAGGCACCACUGCUGUAACUGAAUCUGGCAAAACAUGCCAGAGCUGGUCGGCUCAGACGCCCCACCAACACAGCCGCACACCACACAUGAACCUACUGGAGUGUACAUUUGGAACAGGAAAACAAUACAGAGGAACAAAGUCCACAACAAAAACAGGAAAGACAUGUCAGAGAUGGGACGAAAGAUUCCCACACACGCCUAACAUUACACCAGAGGAAUAUCCCCGAGCAGAGCUGGAGUCCAACUUCUGCAGGAACCCUGAUGGAGCCAGUGAGGGACCCUGGUGUUACACCACUGACCCAGAUACCCGCUGGGAAUACUGCGAUGUAGCUAUCUGCCCUGAUGAGUGUAUGCACUGCAAUGGUGAGGACUACAGAGGAAAAAUCUCCAUUACAGAAGACAGUUACACCUGCCAACGCUGGGACUCCCAGGAACCUCACAGCCAUGGCUAUGACCCUCACGUUUUUUCAGAUAAAGAUCUUGUAGAGAACUUCUGCAGAAACCCUGAUGGUGAACGCCGACCAUGGUGCUUCACCACUGACCUGUCCACACGAUGGGACUAUUGCAUACCCCGCUGCACAACCCCGCCUCCAACCAUCGCCCCAGAGCUGACCUGUAUCACUGGUAACGGUGAAGCGUACCGAGGCACGGUUGCCGUGACUAAAUCAAACAAAACAUGCCAGAGCUGGUCGUCUCAAGCGCCACACCAACACUACUACCUACAAAUGUACACCUGCAAAGGCCUGGAUGAGAACUACUGUCGUAACCCUGACAAUGUGGCGAUGCCCUGGUGUUAUACCACUGACAAUGCGACUCGCUGGGAGUACUGCGAUGUGCCACGCUGUGGAGAUACAGAUGAGCCAGUGACCCAUGCAGAGGAGGAGGACUGUUAUGAGGGGGAUGGGUCAAGUUACCGUGGCAUGACAUCGGAGACUGUCAGUGGAAAAAAAUGCCAAGACUGGAGCGCCAUGACUCCACACAACCACAGCUACACUCCACAGAGCUACCCCAAAGCAGACCUCAGGAUGAACCUGUGCAGAAACCCUGAUGGAGAUGAAGCUCCCUGGUGUUACACUACAGACCCCAGUGUCCGCUGGGAGUUCUGCAACUUGGAGCAAUGCCCCACCAAUUCUACGGAAGAGACACCCACAGCCUCACUUAAUCCCCAGACCCCAUCCACUGCAGUUCCACUACACAAAGACUGUAAGACUGGAAAUGGAGAAACAUCGGGUCCAACCUCUAUCACCACUAAGGGUGUGACCUGCCAGGCCUGGAGUGCUCAGAGCCCUCACCAACACAAGAGCUUCACCCCAGAAACUCACCCUGACAAGGGGCUGGAGGGAAAUAGCUGCAGAAACCCAGGCAAUGAUGCGAGCGGACCGUGGUGCUAUACUACUGACAAUAACACAAGAUGGGACUACUGUCACAUCCCAAACUGUGUUGAUUCGAAAUGUGGGACACCAGUCAUGACACCAAAGCGUUGUUUUGGUCGGAUCGUGGGAGGCUGCGUGUCUAAACCUCACUCAUGGCCCUGGCAAAUCAGCCUCCAGACCACUUGGGGAUACCAUUUCUGUGGAGGAAGUCUGAUUCACCCUCAGUGGGUCCUUACUGCUGAACACUGCCUGGCCAAGUCUGAGGACCCUGCAUACUACAAGGUACUCCUGGGUAUCCACACAAAGUCAGGUGAAGAGCCAUCGCGACAGGAAAGGAACGUGGAGAAACUGAUGCGCGCACCCAACAACGCCGACAUUGCUCUGCUCAAACUGCAGAGCCCUGCAUUAAUAAACGACAAAGUCCUGCCAGUUUGUCUGCCAGAGCAGGACUACGUUGUUCCUGCUAGAACUGAGUGUUAUGUCACCGGAUGGGGUCAAACCCGAGGUACGGCAGGUGCAGGCGUCCUGAAGGAAACUGGUGUCCCAGUGAUCGAGAACAAAAUCUGUAAUAGUCCACGGUACAUGAACGGGGAAAUCAAGGAAGAUGAAUUGUGUGCUGGAGUCAGUGAGGGAGGAAUGGAUGCCUGCAAGGGUGACAGCGGUGGUCCUCUGGUGUGUAAUAGCCAGAACAGUUACAUCCUGCAGGGUGUGACUUCAUGGGGUGCUGGAUGCGCCGCUCCUAUGAGACCUGGUAUCUACGCUCGAGUCUCCAAGUUUGUCAACUGGAUCAACAAAACCAUUGAAGACAAUGAGAGCAGUCACAUCCCAGGAGGUACCUCAGUGACUUUGCCAAUUGUGAGCUGCCUCACCAUGGACCUGUGCGAACUAGCUUUGCUCCUGGGAGCCCUAACCUGCACUGCAUCCAAGGCUCCCACCCUCAUCCCACAUCUGACCUGUUUCAUCGGUGAAGCAUCCAAGCCUCCCACCCUCAUCCCACAUUUGACCUGUUUCACUGGUAGAGGUGAAGCAUACCGAGGCACCACUGCUGUAACUGAAUCUGGCAAAACAUGCCAGAGCUGGUCAGCUCAGACACCACACCAACACAGCCGCACACCACACAACUAUCCCGGAAAAGGCCUGGUUAACAACUACUGUCGUAACCCCGACGAUGAGGCAAGUCCCUGGUGUUACACUACUGACCCUGACAGCCGCUGGGAGUACUGUGAUGUGCCGAGCUGUGAGGAUGGAGUCGGACCAGCAUCCAAGCCUCCCACCCUCAUCCCACAUCUGACCUGUUUCACCGGUAAAGGUGAAGCAUACCGAGGCACCACUGCUGUAACUGAAUCUGGCAAAACAUGCCAGAGCUGGUCGGCUCAGACGCCCCACCAACACAGCCGCACACCACACAACUAUCCUGACAAAGGCCUGGUUAACAACUACUGUCGUAACCCUGACAAUGAGAGGAGACCCUGGUGUUACACUACUGACUCUGAAAGCCGCUGGGAGUACUGCAGUGUGCCACGCUGUGAGGAUGCAGCCAGACCAGCAUCCAAGCCUCCCACCCUCAUCCCACAUCUGACCUGUUUCACUGGUAGAGGUGAAGCAUACCGAGGCACCACUGCUGUAACUGAAUCUGGCAAAACAUGCCAGAGCUGGUCAGCUCAGAUGCCACAUCAACACGACCGCACGCCAGACAACAAUCCCGGAAAAGGCCUGGUUAACAACUACUGUCGUAACCCCGACGAUGAGGCAAGUCCCUGGUGUUACACUACUGACCCUGACAGCCGCUGGGAGUACUGUGAUGUGCCGAGCUGUGAGGAUGGAGUCGGACCAGCAUCCAAGCCUCCCAUCAUCCCACAUCUGACCUGUUUCACCGGUAAAGGUGAAGCAUACCGAGGCACCACUGCUGUAACUGAAUCUGGCAAAACAUGCCAGAGCUGGUCGGCUCAGACGCCCCACCAACACAGCCGCACACCACACAACUAUCCUGACAAAGGCCUGGUUAACAACUACUGUCGUAACCCUGACAAUGAGAGGAGACCCUGGUGUUACACUACUGACUCUGAAAGCCGCUGGGAGUACUGCAGUGUGCCACGUUGUGAGGAUGCAGCCAGACCAGCAUCCAAGCCUCCCACUCUCAUCCCACAUCUGACCUGUUUCACCGGUAAAGGUGAAGCAUACAGAGGCACAAUUGCUGUAAGUGGAUCUGGCAAAACAUGCCAGAGCUGGUCGGCUCAGACGCCACACCAACACAGCCGCACACCAGACAACUAUCCUGACAAAGGCCUGGAUAACAACUACUGUCGUAACCCUGACGAUGAGAAGAUGCCCUGGUGUUACACUACUGACUCUGAAAGCCGCUGGGAGUACUGCAAUGUGCCGAGCUGUGACGAUGCAGUCGGACCAGCAUCCAAGCCUCCCACUCUCAUCCCACAUCUGACCUGUUUCACCGGUAAAGGUGAAGCAUACCGAGGCACCACUGCUGUAACUGAAUCUGGCAAAACAUGCCAGAGCUGGUCGGCUCAGACACCCCACCAACACAGCCGCACACCACACAACUAUCCUGACAAAGGCCUGGUUAACAACUACUGUCGUAACCCUGACAAUGAGAGGAGACCCUGGUGUUACACUACUGACUCUGAAAGCCGCUGGGAGUAUUGUGAGGAUGCAGCCAGACCAGCAUCCAAGCCUCCCACCCUCAUCCCACAUCUGACCUGUUUCACUGGUAGAGGUGAAGCAUACCGAGGCACCACUACUGUAACUGAAUCUGGCAAAACAUGCCAGAGCUGGUCAGCUCAGACGCCCCACCAACACGACCGCACGCCAGACAACAAUCCCGGAAAAGACCUGGUUAACAACUACUGUCGUAACCCCGACAAUGAGGCAAGUCCCUGGUGUUACACUACUGACCCUGACAGCCGCUGGGAGUACUGUGAUGUGCCGAGCUGUGAGGAUGGAGUCGGACCAGCAUCCAAGCCUCCCACCAUGAUCCCACAUCUGACCUGUUUCACCGGUAAAGGUGAAGCAUACCGAGGCACCACUGCUGUAACUGAAUCUGGCAAAACAUGCCAGAGCUGGUCGGCUCAGACGCCACACCAACACAGCCGCACACCACACAACUAUCCUGACAAAGGCCUGGAUAACAACUACUGUCGUAACCCUGACGAUGAGAAGAUGCCCUGGUGUUACACUACUGACCCUGACAGCCGCUGGGAAUACUGCAGUGUGCCACGCUGUGAGGAUGCAGCCAGACCAGUGAACAUCCUGGAGUGUACAUUUGGAACAGGAAAACAAUACAGAGGAACAAAGUCCACAACAAAAACAGGAAAGAUGUGUCAGAGUUGGGCAGCAAGAUACCCACACACACCUAACUUCACACCGGAGGAAUAUCCCCGAGCAGACCUGGAUUCCAACUUCUGCAGGAACCCUGAUGGAGCCAGUGAGGGACCCUGGUGUUACACCACUGACCCAGACACCCGCUGGGAAUACUGCGAUGUAGCUAUCUGCACUGUACCACUUGUUCCAACCAAGGUCUGCAGAAAACCAUCUGUGAAUGAACAACACGUUGAACCUUGGAGCAAAUGGGCUACAGCAGCAGAAGUCCACACCAGGUGCCACUCCCAUCAGCUAAGAAAAGGAAACCGAGGCUACAAUCCGCACAAGCUCACCAAAAUUCAAUCAGGAGAGACACAUUUUUAUGAUGAGUGUAUGCACUGCAAUGGUGAGGACUACAGAGGAAACAUCUCCAUUACAAAGCACAGCUACACCUGCCAACGCUGGGACUCCCAGGAACCUCACAGCCAUGGCUAUGACCCUCACGUUCUUUCAGAUAAAGGUCUUGUAGAGAACUUCUGCAGGAACCCAGAUGCAUCCCCCCGACCAUGGUGCUUCACCACCGACCCGUCCACACGAUGGGACUAUUGCGACAUACCCUGCUGCACAUCCGAGCCUCCAACGAUUGUCCCAGAGCUGACCUGUGUCACUGGUAACGGUGAAGCGUACAGAGGCACGAUUGCCGUGACUAAAUCUGGCAAAACAUGCCAGAGCUGGUUGGCUCAGGAGCCACACAAACACGACCGCACGCCUUACAACUUUCCUUGCAAAGGCCUGGAUGAGAACUACUGUCGUAACCCCGACAAUGAGGAGAUGCCCUGGUGUUAUACCACUGACAGUGAAACUCGCUGGGAGUACUGCAACUUGGAAAAAUGCACGACCGAUACACCCACAACCACACCUGAUCCCCACCCCCCUGCUACUACAACUCCACCACAAAAAGACUGUAAGACUGGAAAUGGAGAAACAUACCGGGGUCCAACCUCUAUCACCACUAAGGGUGUGACCUGCCAGGCCUGGAGUGCUCAGAGCCCUCACCAACACAAAGGCUUCACCCCAGAAACUGACCCUGACAAGGGGCUGGAGGGAAAUAGCUGCAGAAACCCAGACAAUGAUGAGGGUGGGCCGUGGUGCUAUACUACUGACAAUAACACAAGAUGGGACUACUGUCACAUCCCAAACUGUGUUGAAUCGAAAUGUGGGUUGCCAGUCAUCACACCAAAGUGUUGUUUUGGUCAGAUCGUAGGAGGCUGCGUGUCUAAACCUCACUCGUGGCCCUGGCAAAUCAGCCUCCAGACACCUGAGGGAUCUCAUUUCUGUGGGGGAAGUCUGAUUGACCAUCAGUGGGUCCUUACUGCUGCACACUGCCUGCACCAGUCUGCAGACCCUUCAUACUACAAGGUACUCCUGGGUGUCCAAAACCUGUCAGGCAAUGAGCCAUCGCAACAGGAAAGGAACGUGGAGAAAGUGAUACGCGAACCCAACAACACCGACAUUGCUCUGCUCAAACUGCAGAGCCCUGCAAUGAUAAACGACCAAGUCCUGCCAGUUUGUCUGCCAGAGCAGGACUACAUUGUUCCCACUAGAACUGAGUGUUAUGUCACCGGAUGGGGUCGAACCCAAGGUACGGGAGGUGCAGGUGUCCUGAAGGAAACUGGGGUUCCUGUGAUCGAGAACAAGGUCUGUAAUCGUCCAUCGUACAUGAACGGCUUAAUCAAGGACCAUGAGAUGUGUGCUGGAAUCAGUGAGGGAGGAAUAGACACCUGCCAGGGUGACAGCGGUGGUCCUCUGGUGUGUAAAAGCCAGAACAGUUACAUCCUGCAGGGUGUGACUUCAAGGGGUAUUGGAUGCGCCAAUCCUAUGAGACCUGGCAUCUACGCUCGAGUCUCCACGUUUGUCAACUGGAUCAACAAAGCCAUCAAUGAAAAUUAAAAACUGUCUUAAAAUAAUACAGUAGCUUCAGUCAUAGAAAGUGACUGUUCAUUGUGCUUUUUGAAGAUACUUUAACAUGCAUGUACAUCUGCUCUAACAUGACUACUUCAGUUUGUUUCCUGGUCUUGUCUGAUGUCAAGAGAUGUUUUGUUUUCCUAGUGGACCAAUAGUCGUCAUUUAGGGCCAUUAGACGACUAGUCGCCCACAUGUUUACGCAAUUAAAGUAAUUAUCAAAUUAUAUAGUUCAAGGUCUAAGAAAAAUAGUAUCAGUAACGUUGUUAACACUGUGCUACAUUACAAAUAAAUACAAAAGUGUACUAAUGAACCUUCAUUAAUAUAGGCCUAUAUUUUAUCUACAAGUGCACGUCACACACUGAGUGAGCGACCUGUUAAUGACGCUGUGAGCAAAGCAGUAAUGAUUGUGCUAAGUGGCUAAUGGGCAUGUAGCUACUGACAUGUUUCAGAUGAUACGUCAUGUUUGUAGUCAAUGAAUGAUAGACAAAUGUUUGCUUGCAGAGUUUACAUAUCACCUUGGAUUCAUCCUUCACCUCCUCAAAAUGAUCCCACACUUUUCCUGCCCGACAUGUUAUUAACUAGCCUGUGGAAUAACUGCAGGUACCAGCCCUGGAAACUAGAGGCCAUACACAUGCUGCGUCUUUAAGAUAGAUAGAUAGAUAGCUAGAUAGCCUUUAUUGUCCCAUGGGGAAAUUUGUUUUCACAAACUGUCACAACAUUUGGGUACACAAAACACCACCAACACACACAAUGCACAAACACCACCAGACACUGAACAACCGACACAUAUAUCACACUCAGGAGGGCUGGGUCCAUAUGUGGUUAUUGGGAACUGCCUGAAAAACACUGUGCGCUACUCUUGUGCUUUUUUUUGUGCCAGCUUUCAAGACCGCGGUGGCAGGUUGUGUGUGAGGUUGCUAAGCAACCCUAACAAGCAUGGUACAGCCUAUUUACCAGACAUCCUGAGUGUAAAGCUCAUUUUCUUCCCGGCACUGUUUAUAAGUCUGUAGGCCUAUCGUCUGUGGGACAGAUGUAAAGCUGUGGGUAGCCCUGCACUAACAUGAUCAACUUUUCCGUAUUUAUCACAGACUGAUAUUUACAGAAGAAGGGAAAGAUAUCUGUCGGCUGUGAUUGGUUUGUAACAUGACUCCUGUCUGACUGCCGAGUGUGGCCUCUUCCUGUGUCUGUCCUAUCAAAUUAAAAUCCCACAUGGUCCGGUCAUACAGGUUUUGAUUACUGACCUUCCUGGUCGACUAUUGUUUGGUCGACUAUCAGGGGGCAGCCCUAGCUCCUUGUGCAACAUGUACUGCUCUGCUCCAACAUGACUACUUGAGUUUGUUUUCUGGUCUUGUCUGAUGUCAACACAUAUUUUGUUUCCUCUGGUGUAUACACAAUAAGCCAAUCACUUGUGUGGUUUUGGCAUG